UCUACAAGUGUCUCGACUUUCCCCUCUGCUAAUGUAUUAACCAAUGUUUCGAGUAGUGCCUCGACCUCCACUUCAGCAAAUGUGUCGCCACGUUUCUCGCCCUCCAUCUCUACUAGCCUGUCAGCAAAUUUGUCGUCCAGCAGGUCGGCCUCCAUAUCUCCCAAAGUUUCUCCAACUAUCUCUGCCCCCACCUCUGCUAGGCUGUUAGCCAGUGUUUUGACCAGUGCCUCCGCCUCCACAUUGCCCAGUGUGUCGACGAGUGUCUCGGCCUCCACCUCUCCUAGCUUUUCAGCCAGUGUGUCGACUAGUGCCUCGGCCUCUUUAUCGCCCAGUGUUUCGGCAAGUGUCUCAGCUUCCUCUUUUGCUAGCGUGUCAUUCAGUGUUUCCAGCAGAGCUUCGGACUCUACAUCGCUCAGUGUGUCAACGAGUGUGUCGACUUCAACCUCUGCUAGUUUCUCAGUCAGUGGGUCAACCAGUGCCUCCACCUUCACAUCGGCCAGUGUCUCGGCAAGCUUUUCGGCCUCCGCCUCUGCUAGCCCGUCAGGUAGUUUGUCUACCAGUGCUUCGGCCUCCACAUCGCCUAGUGUGUCGCCAAGUGUCUUAGCCGCCACCUCUGCUAGCCUGUCAGGCAGUUUGUCUACCAGUGCUUCGGCCUCUACAUCGCCUAGUGUAUCGACGAGUGUCUCGAAUUCCACCGCUGCUAGUUUGUCAGUCAGUGCGUCGACCAGUGCCUCGACCUUUACAUCGCCCAGUGUCUCGGCAAGCUUCUCGGCCUCUGCCUUUGCUAGCUUGUCAGGCGGUUUGUCUACCAGUGCUUUGGCCUCCACAUCGCCUAGUGUAUCACCAACUGUCUUGGCCUCCACCUCUGCUAGUCUGUCAGCUAUUGGGUCGAUCAGUGCCUCGUCCUCCAGGUCGCCCAGUGUGUCGACAAGUUUCUCGGCCUCCACCUUUGCUAGCGUGUUAGGCAGUGUGUCGACAGUUGGCUUGGCCUCCACGUUGCUCAGUGUUUCGACAAGUAUCUCUGCCACCACCUCUGCUAGCCUGUCUGCCAGUGUUUUGACCAGUGCCUCCGCCUUCACACUUCCCAGGGUGUCGACGAGUGUCUCGGCCUCCACCUCUCCUAGCUUUUCAGCCAGUGUGUCGACUAGUGCCUCGGCCUCUUUAUCGCCCAUUGUUUCUGCAAGUGUCUCAGCUUCCUCUUUUGCUAGCGUGUCAUUCAGUGUUUCGAGUACUGCUUCGACUUCUUCAUCGCUCAGUGUGCCGACGAGUGUCUCGACUUCCACCUCUGCUAGUUUGUCAGUCAGUGUGUCGACCAGUGCCUCGACCUUUACAUCGGCCAGUGUCUCGGUAAGCUUUACGGCCUCCACCUCUGUCAGCCUGUCAGGUAGUUUGUCUACCAGUGCUUCGGCCUCCACAUCGCCUAGUGUGUCACCAAGUGUCUUAGCCUCCGCCUCUGCUAGCCUGUCAGGCAUUUUGUCUACCAGUGCUUCGACCUCUACAUCGCCCAGUGUGCCGACGAGUGUCUCGACUUCCACCUCUGCUAGUUUCUCAGUCAGUGGGUCAACCAGUGCCUCGACCCUUACAUCACCCAGUGUGUCACCAAGUGUCUUGGCCUCCAUCUCUGCUAGCCUGUCAGGCAGUUUGUCUUCCAGUGCUUCGGCCUUUACAUCGCCCAGUGUGUCGACGAGUGGCUCGACUUCCACCUCUGCUAGUUUGUCAGUUAGUGCGUCGACCAGUUCCUCGACCUCGACUAGCUUUUCAGCCAGUGUGUCGACUAGUGCCUCGGCCUCUUUAUCGCCCAGUGUUUCGGCAAGUGUCUCAGCUUCCUCUUUUGCUAGCGUGUCAUUCAGUGUUUCCAGCAGUGCUUCGGACUCUACAUCGCUCAGUGUGUCGACGAGUGUGUCGACCUCAACCUCUGCUAGUUUCUCAGUCAGUGGGUCAACCAGUGCCUCCACCUUCACAUCGGCCAGUGUCUCGGCAAGCUUUUCGGCCUCCGCCUCUGCUAGCCCGUCAGGUAGUUUGUCUACCAGUGCUUCGGCCUCCACAUCGCCUAGUGUGUCACCAAGUGUCUUAGCCGCCACCUCUGCUAGCCUGUCAGGCAGUUUGUCUACCAGUGCUUCGGCCUCUACAUCGCCUAGUAUAUCGACGAGUGUCUCGAAUUCCACCUCUGCUAGUUUGUCAGUCAGUGCGUCGACCAGUGCCUCGACCUUUACAUCGCCCAGUGUCUCGGCAAGCUUCUCGGCCUCUGCCUUUGCUAGCUUGUCAGGCGGUUUGUCUACCAGUGCUUCGGCCUCCACAUCGCCUAGUGUAUCACCAACUGUCUUGGCCUCCACCUCUGCUAGUCUGUCAGCUAUUGGGUCGAUCAGUGCCUCGUCCUCCAGGUCGCCCAGUGUGUCGACAAGUUUCUCGGCCUCCACCUUUGCUAGCGUGUUAGGCAGUGUGUCGACAGCUGGCUUGGCCUCCACAUUGCUCAGUGUUUCGACAAGUAUCUCUGCCACCACCUCUGCUAGCCUGUCUGCCAGUGUUUUGACCAGUGCCUCCGCCUUCACACUUCCCAGGGUGUCGACGAGUGUCUCGGCCUCCACCUCUCCUAGCUUUUCAGCCAGUGUGUCGACUAGUGCGUCGACCUCUUUAUCGCCCAUUGUUUCGGCAAGUGUCUCAGCUUCCUCUUUUGCUAGCGUGUCAUUCAGUGUUUCGAGUACUGCUUCGACUUCUUCAUCGCUCACUGUGCCGACGAGUGUCUCGACUUCCACCUCUGCUAGUUUGUCAGUCAGUGUGUCGACCAGUGCCUCGACCUUUACAUCGGCCAGUGUCUCGGUAAGCUUUACGGCCUCCGCCUCUGCCAGCCUGUCAGGUAGUUUGUCUACCAGUGCUUCGGCCUCUACAUUGCCCAGUGUGCCGACGAGUGUCUCGACUUCCACCUCUGCUAGUUUGUCAGUCAGUGCGUCGACCAGUUCCUCGACCUCGACUAGCUUUUCAGCCAGUGUGUCGACUAGUGCCUCGGCCUCUUUAUCGCCCAGUGUUUCGGCAAGUGUCUCAGCUUCCUCUUUUGCUAGCGUGUCAUUCAGUGUUUCCAGCAGUGCUUCGACUUCUUCAUCGCUCACUGUGUCGACGAGUGUCUCGACUUCCACCUCUGCUGGUUUCUCAGUCAGUGCGUCGACCAGUGCCUCGACUUUCACAUUGGCCAGUGUCUCGGCAAGCUUUUCGGCCUCCGCCUCUGCCAGUCUGUCAGGCAGUUUGUCUACCAGUGCUUCGGCCUCCACAUCGCCUAGUGUGUCACCAAGUGUCUUAGCCUCCGCCUCUGCUAGCCUGUCAGGCAGUUUGUCUACCAGUUCGUCGGCCUCUACAUCACCUAGUGUGUCGACGAGUGUCUCGACUUCCACCUCUGCUAGUUUGUCAGUCAGUGCGUCGACCAGUGCCUCGACCUUUACAUCGCCCAGUGUCUCGGCAAGCUCCUCGGCCUCUGCCUCUGCUAGCCUGUCAGGCGGUUUGUCUACCAGUGCUUCGGCCUCCACAUCGCCUAGUGUGUCACCAACUGUCUUGGCCUCCACCUCUGCUAGUCUGUCAGCUUUUGGGUCCACCAGUGCCUCGUCCUCCAGGUCGCCCAGUCUGUCGACAAGUUUCUCAGCCUCCACAUCGCUCAGUGUUUUGGCAAGUAUCGCUGCCCCCACCUCUGCUAGUCAGUCAGCCAGUGUUUUGACCAGUGCCUCGGCCUCUACAUCGCCCAGUUUGUCGUCAAGUGUCUCGGCCUCUCCGUCUGGUGGCCUGCCAGCCAGUGUGUCGACUCAUGCCUUGACUUUUACAUCGCCCAGUGUGUCGGCAAGUGUCUCGGAUUCCUUUUUUUCUAGCCCGUCAGCAAGUGUCUCGACCAAUACCUCGGCCUCCACCUCUGCUAGCCUUUCAUCCAGUGUUUCGACGAGUGCAUCGGUCUCAGCAUCGCCCAGUGUGUCGCCAACUGUAUCAGCGUCGCCCUCUGCUAGCGUGUCAGCCAGUUUGUCGAUCAGUGCCUCGGCGUCUACAUCGCCCAGUGUGUCGGAAAGUGUCUCGGCCUCCACUUCCGCAAGCCUCUCAACCAGUGUGUCGACGAGUGCAUCAAUCUCCACAUCGCCUAGUGUGUCGGCAAGUGUCUCGCCCUCCACCUCUGCUAGCUUUUCAGCAAGUGUGUCGACCAGUGUGUCGGCCUCCACGUCGCCCAGUGUGUCACCAAGUGUGUCAGAGUCGCUAUCUGCUAGCGUUUCAGCGAGUGUGUCGACCAGUGCCUCGGCGUCUACAUCGCCCAGUGUGUCGGAAAGUGUCUCGGCCUCCACCUCUGCUAGCCUUUCAGCCAGUGUGUCGACGAGUGCAUCGGUCUCAACAUCGCCCAGUCUGUCGCCAACUGUAUCAGCGUCGCCCCCCGCUAGCGUGUCAGCCAGAUUGUCGAUCAGUGCCUCGGCGUCUACAUCGCCCAGUGUGUUGUCAAGUGUCUCGGCCUCCACCUCUGCUAGCCUGUCAACCAGUGUGUCUACAAGUGGCUCGGUCUCCAAUUCGCCCAGUGUGUCGGCAAGUGUGUCGGCCUCCACCUCCGCAAGUCUUUCAACCAGUGUGUCGACGAGUGCAUCGAUCUCCACAUCGCCCAGUGUGUCGGCAAGUGUCUCGCCCUCCACCUCUGCUAGCUUGUCAGCCAGUGUGUCGUCCAGUGUCUCGGCCUCCACGUCGCCCAGUGUGUCACCAACUGUGUCAGAGUCGCUAUCUGCUAGCGUUUCAGCGAGUGUGUCGACCAGUGCAUCAGUCUCCACAUCGCCCAGUCUGUCGGCAACUGUGUCAGCGUCGCCAUCUGCUAGCGUGUCAGCCAGUUUGUCGACCAGUGCCGUGGCCUCCACUUUGCCCAGUGUGUCAGCUAGUGUCUCGGCCUCCACCUCUGCUAGCUUGUCAGCCAGAUUUUCCUUUAGUCAAAGCAUUUCUAUAACUGCUAGUUCAAGCAUUUUAUCUUCAACUCCCAGUAAGAGUUGGUAUUUGUUUUUUUAAGUGUUGUGUUUUUGAUGUGUUUGAUUAGACACUAUUGACUAGGUAUUUGUCACCUAUAAUUUUGCCGAAUUUGACCUGGUCGGAAUUGCAGUCGGUCUGAAAUGCAGUCGGCUGUUUUGCAUCCUACCUGUUUUCUAGGAUUCUUCUGUGUUGCGCUAAUGGCCAUCCAUUUUACCCUUGUGGAAUAACUUGCGCUUUCGUUUAUGUUUUUGCAUUGGCUCAUGAGCUUUUCUAUGGUACAUAAAUUUUUUUCCAAACUAUUUUAACAAGGGCACUGCUGGAAUCUUUUUGAAUGUCAGUAGCAUCGGCUUUAUAUCCACUAUGGUCUUAAACAAUGAUCGUCACUUACGAAGUCAACGUUAACUCUUGGCUAAUAGCUAGUAAGUGUAACCUAAAUGUCGCUAAAGGGUACAAACCCAAGCUGGGGUUUCCAUCAGUACACAUAUCGUCUCUUGGACUAACAAUUGACGAGACCCUCUCCUGGUGCUAGCAUAUCAUAAAUAUUUCAAAAAAGAUUUUUUCAGGAAUCGGCGCCUUGAAACGUGAAAGACCAAACAAUCAUUUACGCAUUCUCAGCUGCAAAAAGGAAUAAGACUUUAGUUGAUCCCCACUUUAUGUACUGCUGCAGUGUAUGGUAUGGUCUCAUCUACACUUUGAACGAUAAACUUCAAAAAUUACAAAACCGCGGAGCUACGGUAAUUGCCAAAUCUAGAUAUGACGCUAGUAUAGAUCCCUUUCUUGCUUUGAUGGGAUAGGAUUCAGAUAUCUGACCAAAACAAGGGGCGGCUAUCAUGUUCAAAACGCUAAAGAAGCAAAUGCCCCUCCUUCCCCCCACCCCCAUGUACGAUAUUGUCUCUGCUCGUGACAUUUUGUUUUUACAAUAUCCCUCACUCUGGGCACAUCCUGCACGUUUCCAAACCAAGCACUAACUUUCUUAAGCUCAGUUGUUUGUAUUCAGGGGCUGCCCUUUGGGAUGGACUGCCAUCAGUCAGGACUACGUAAGCCAUUAAGCCUCACAAGGUUUAAAGAUGGAAUAAAUGUCUAUCAUUCAUCAGCGUGUACUCAUACGGCAAAAACGCAGACUAGUAUUUUAGAUUUUCAUUACCUUCAAAUACUGAUUUUUAACCGUAUCUAAAUAGAGUACUUUUAUGUCUAUGUCUAUGCACCCGCAAUUGGCGAGUUAUAUUUUAACAGAAAAGCCCCACUAUAGCAGAUUGGAACAAAAAAGAUAGUUGAAGUAAUCUUAAAAUAUAGGUCUACAACAUAUUUACUUAUUCAUAUUGACAUAUUUACUUUUGUUGAGACGUUGUGCAUGGUGAAAUUGUUUAUCAACCAGCCUAAUGAAAAGUGUAGUUUAAGCCUUCAUAGAAGGAAAGCUAAAUGUCACACGAAGCACACUCGCUUAAAGUUAAAAUUGCCUUUUUAUUGUGCUUUUUCUUUCUCCUUUGAAGCAAUUGCACCUGCGAGCAAUCUUUUUCCGUUUGGGCCACUGGAGAAUGAUGCUGAGCUCAUAGCGGAGCCAUCUUGUAAUGACGAAGUGAUCUGCCAAAGUAUCAGAGCGGGCCGUUUUGGAUUUGAAUUCUUCCAGAGGAGACGUUUCAGAGUGAAUGUAGGUAUCGGUCUAAUUGUUAUUGCUGCCUAAAGGGCUGCAGGGGUCUUGGAUUUUGGGCCCCUCCUUUUUCUAUAUAUCCUGCUUCAAGGUUUUUACUACGUUUCCUUCAUUUGUUCAGAUUGUUCUUCAUAUUUGUAUCUAAUUUUAUAGACAACUAAACAAGACACGUCUCUCUUAGUACCGGGAAAAAAAGCCAAACGGCAUCUUUGUAGCUUUCGAUAAGCUAGGGGACUGUAAAGUGCUUUAAUUGACUUGUUUCUUAAAACAGAUAAAGAAACAGACGGUUAUAACUGGAGCAAAAAGCCCACUUGUCAAACUAUUUACAAAGAGGAUAUCUUACAUAUCCACGCGGAGAUACGAAAUUUCUUCUUCAGUCUUAAGCGAACGAGUGAAAUAUUCUCGAUUACUCAAAGAGAAUAUUCGUAUCUCCAAGCGGCCAUGUAUUGUUCUAUUUUUUAUACAAACACCAAUGAGAUACCAAACUAUUUCGCUUUGAUAUCAUUUGGCCGCGAAAGGUGCGGUUUAUUAUGUAGCCAUGGCAACGGUGAUCUUUACAAGUCUGAAGAUCAGUAUCAAGUUUUCGCGCAAAAGCUCACCUGGUAUUUCAUUAGUGGCUAUGUAAUAAUUCACAUUCUUUUACUUUAGAUAUUUAAACACAGUGAUGUUAAUACCAUUCCUAUCGACGCCCAAAAAAUUCAUAAUAGCUUCUUCGAUAAUCACAUACUCUUAGACAAAACUAAACCUUAUUCUAUUCAAAUCGACAUCAAUUUAUAUAACAAUUUAAUUCGACUAAAAUAUCACUCAUGGGUAUCACUUCUCCUGCUUUGCUAGAUAUGUUUCAAUGGUAAAAUCCAGUUUAACGAAAGAUGGAGUGUGCGGUGGCCCCAGAAGUUUGGUAUUUACAGAUGGCUACGUUCAAAUGCGUUCAUUGCACCAUUCUGGGCCAGGGUGGAACAUAGAGCAUUUAACAAAGGAAAUUCCAAGGUUUAUUAUCACGCUUACGAGCAAAGCAACCAGAACACGGAUCAAACAAUUAACAUACUCGGUCUGGCCUCACGUCAUGUUAAGAGUUACACUAACGAUGAAAAAUUUAGAAACUUUGAAGCCACUUGGGUUCUAGUCGUCACUUGGGUAAAUGUCUGCCCUUACGACGAAUGUACAGAACGUUGUAGUUUGGUAAGUUAUGAUUUUCACAUUAAUUACAUUUUUCAGACCUUUUUCUUACGCACUGUCACUCUUUGGGACAAACGCUUGCUUUUGGGUCGGUGGUUUGACCGUUUUUCAUGCCUAUUUUAGAUGCCCCAAACAGUAAGCUCUUUAAUUCAGCAACUUUAGAUUGAUGAUUAGUUUUCGAAUACACCUUGUCACGGUUUUCGUAUAAGAAUCUAAUGUCGAAUAAUUUCCGUAAAACGGCUUUUCUGAAAAAAAUAUGAAUUUUAUAACUAAAGAUUCACUCCUAACGGUCCUACCGAUAAAAAUUGAGGGUGUUAUAUGCAGCUGCAUGCGCUAGAACAACUUUGCAUUCUUUUUUGUCUGUAAACAGACAAUAAUUGCAGACAAAUAUAUGGAAAAUCUAAUACAAGCGUCUGGAGAAAUUUAAGCACAUUUACGACCCUAAAAUUUGUUACUAAAAUCCUUUGCUGUAGCUUUAGUUUACAGUUCAGUUUUUUUUUCAGAACAGCUGUUUCACUCAAAUAAUUCGACAUUACAUUCUCCUCAUACAAACACUGUAAUUUCUCACGCGGAUGCCUACGCGUCAAGAUGGCUUUCAAAACCGUGACAAGGUCUAUAAAACUUCGCUCGCUGUGCUACAUUAAUAUUGAUUGAUUGCUUUGUUAGUCCUGUACUAGUCUGCAAAUAGCGCCGUCUCUCCUUGUUCUUUCGUCGCUGCGGAUGUGUUUCGCGCACGAAGGACUAGCGUCUUCGCCAUUUUCUAUACCAGGUGUUGGAUCUGUGUUAUUGGCGGGAAAAUGAUAACGUGAGAAACAAGACAAACUUAGUUGAUGGGAAGCGCUCGUUGAUUAAGUGGGGAUUAAGUGCACUAUUUUGAAAGACAUUUUUGCCACAAUUUUUUUCGACCUUAUGCCUUCGUUUGGUGAACAUAGAGACCUCAGAUCGCCAUGUUUUUGGGUGGAAUGAUUGGCGAGAUUAAAAUAGCGACCACGUCUUAGAAGUUUUUUUUAAAUUUUUUAAAUAUCCUCAACAUAUUUCCAACAUGAUCGUGAAAACAGUGACAAGAUCCUUGUCCUGUUUCGCGCAUAACUAGCAGGGGGAGUAGCGUGCAGGCCAUGCAUUUGACGGCUUGUGUUAAAAUUCAUCGCCAGCUUCAUUUCAGUUUCAGAAUGGCAUUUACUGAAUAAUUCGUCUUAUAAUUUGUGACUAUACCUUCCAGUUUUGUUUUAAAUAACGUAUUCCGGGGGGGAGGAUACUCAACAAAGAUUUAUACAGGAAGGCUCCGCCCUGAGGUCCAACCCUCACCUUUCAAUAUUCUAUUUUUGACAGCAAAGGUGCCCCUUUCUUAUACUGUAAUAACCCGCAACUAAGAACCUGUUUUUUAAGAACCUGUUAGACUAAAAGUCGUAAAUUAGUCCCCCUCCAUACCAGAAACUGUUUAGCCUAAAUUUGAAACAGGUUUUUAUUUUCUAAAACCUAUAUCAAAAAAAUUCUGUACGCUUGGGAAAAUAAGAUAAGACAACAUUCAGAUUCCUCUUUGGAGACAUAAAUGUCUUGAUGAUCCCUCCCACUACAAUGUAUUGGAUGCAGAUUUCGUAUAAGUAAUAAGCUGAAUAUAAGACUAAAUACUCUUAGCCUCAACGUGCUUUUUCUUCAGAAAAUAAGAAGCUAUUUAAGAACCUACAUAGCCUAAAUUUGUGCUAAUUACCAUUUAUGUGAGAACCUGCUUAUGCUAACUUGGGAAAAUGCGUUUAUUAGUCGUACUUACUGUCGUUAUUAGUCGUUUUUAUUGUACUUGCCAUUGACAAAUGUUACGCCAUUCACAUACCUAGUUUAGAACUUUGCAUCCCUUUUAUCUGCUCUAAAAUGCACUGAAUAACUAAAUACGAAUAAAUCACUAAACCCGGACGUUUUCUCGGAUUUUUCGCAAUUAUAAAAUGCAUCUGUUGGCCGAUUUGAGCCUAUUUACAGACCGAAAUGACAGACCAGUUCUAUCAGUUCAUGUACUUCAGUUGAUGAAAUCCCUACCCUUUCAUAUGUACCCAAAGACUGACAAAGGUACCCCUUUCGAGCGUAGCCUCCCCGUUUUAAAAUAACCUUGCUUAGGCUUGCUUGUAGGCCCCCACUCGUUUUGUGAGUGCAGAGUUACUGAAUGAGUGUUUGAAAGUGUGAUUGCCUAUGGGUUCUUUUUAACUUGCUGGCACAGUUUAAUUGAAUCCAGUCAAUUGAGUCUUACGAGAUCAUUGGUUCGAAUCCCGUUGAAGUCCCGGAAUUCUUUUCGGAUUUAUUUACCAUUACUUAAAUUGCAAUUACCACUGUGACAGUCAUAUCUUCGUUAAAAAAAAUUGUAUUUUCGCAGUUCACAUCAUCUUCAAGUAACAUUUAACUUGCUACAAAGUUGUUUACAGUUUUUUAAAUCUUCCCGGCUCUAUAUUGUUCAUAGGGAUGUCAAGAUGUCGAAAAUAGCUAUGAACAGGUUAAAGAUUUAUCGCUGUACCACUGGCUAAAAUAAUGUCCUGGCUUUUAUGUUUUGUAGAGGAACACUUUUCAAGCAGUCAUCAUAACAGACUGGGGUAAUACGUUCCUGAUGUACAACUACCCUUCAGGAGGAAUCGAGUGGACAGUUAAUGCUCCUAUGUAAGUCAUACAUAUAAAGAAUCAAAGGCCUAGGCCAAACGUCGAACGUUUCAUGAGAGGAACCACACUUAGUAAAAAAUUCGACGUCUGGCUCAGUUAAGUUCGUCUGAGUUUGGAUCGCCCAACACGUUCUAUCCGUGUGCUUCCUCUGGAUAGAACGUCUGAAGAUCAUCUCCGGGACAAACGUUGAUCUUCACAUGUAACGAACUAGACUAGUGAAGGAAAUGCUAUUUAACCUCGUUCGGGAGAAAAUUUAUUAGAAUUGCUUUUUGGUCUGAUUCAGUUGAUUGGUUCGACGCGUUCUAAGUUCGAAGUCUGACCCGACAGACGAUCGUCACUUAAUUUAGUUCGACCCAAACUAAAAUUUGGUUCGUCGCUCGUUCGUUCGUUCGAAAUGUAACAACUUUUAACGCAAAAUGUAACAACUUUUUAACGCGAAAUGUAACAACUUUUUGACGCAAAAUGAAACAAUAUUUUUAACGCGAAAUGCAACAAGCAAAAUGUUACAGUCUUGAAAUAACUGAGAAACUUGGACAUGAGCCUUGUAGAUAAAGUGUAAAUUGUCUGGUGGUUAUAAAAACAGUUUAUUUAUAAAGUUUUCUUAUAAUGUCAAAUAAACUUACAAAACGUUUUUCGAUAAUAGUAACUAAAUCUUGGAACGGUCGAACGAAUUGACCACUCCAGAAAAUACCAUAACAUACCAUAACGUUCUUUGUUCGUCACCCCCAAAUUUUGCAUAAGCAUUGUUUUCAGUUUCUCUUGGGAGUUAAAAUGGCCCCAAGAGAAACUGAAAACAAUGCUUAUGCAAAAUUUAGGGGUGACGAACAAAAAACAUUAUGGUAUAUUAAGGUAUUUUCUGGAGUGGUCAAUUGUUGUUUAGUAUAUCUUUCUGUAAAUAUGUGUGACGCUGAAAAGAAAGUUGGCGUUACCACACCCAGGACGUAUUAGAUGGGUUAGGAUGGUACAUUUUUAGCAUACUCCCUCUAGGGAGUUGAGCUCGUAUGAAAUCGUGGCGAGUAUCGAUUACUGAUCAUUCUUUUCACACUUUCAUCGAGUGAAGACGCUUUCUGUUUUUAUCCGACGCUGCCUGUUUUUACCCACCACCUCCCCUUUUCCCUAAAAGGCAAGUGUAGCGGAGCAGUCAUCCGACAGCGUGAGAUAAUCAACAGUGUUAAAUGGGCGUUGGCAUGGUUAAGUUUUAUGGCAGCAGGACUGGGUUGGUAUGAAAUUUCUCACAUUUACUGGAAGUCCGGUAAGAAAUGAGAAAUUUCAUAUCUAUCUUAUUGGCUACGUUCAAAAUUUUCUUUUGAAAGAUUACAUUUCAUAACUUUUACUUUUAACUUGCAUUUCAAUUGCUGAUUGGUGCGUGUUUCCUACGGUGUUAUUGUUUUCUAGUCAUAUUCGUUUCGCAUAGCUUGGGAUAUUUUCCAUACGUUAUGUUUAAUAAGUUAGCGUUGUUGUUAUUGUCCAUACUGCUAUUCCAAGGUUAUAACCUUAUUACCUGUUUUACGACCUUUUAUAAGUUUAUUUGACAUUAUAAGAAAACUUUAUGAAUAUUCUGUUUUUGUAACCACCAGACAAUUUACACUUUAUCUACAAGGCUCAUGUCCAAGUCUCUCAGUUAUUUCAAGGCUGUAACAUUUUGCUUGUUACAUUUCGCGUUAAUAAUAUUGUUUCAUUUUGCGCCAAAAAGUUGUUACACUUCGCGUUAAAAAGUUGUUACAUUUUGCGUUAAAAGUUGUUACAUUUCGGGUUAAUGUUACAUUUCGCAUCAAAAGAUGUUACAUUUCGCGUUAAUGUUACAUUUUGCGUCAAUUGUUACAUUUUGCGGCGUAACAUUAAGUGUAUAUUAUUACACUUAAUGUUAAUGUUAUUACAAUUAACAUCAAUGUUAAUGUUAUUACAAUUAACACUUAAUGUCAGAUCCCGAGGGAAAAAGUUUUGUUUUCCCGAGAGUCCUGAUGUUGGAAAAAUCAGGACUCGAGGGAAAGCAAAACUAACUGGUUUCCAGAGGGACCUGGCAUUAAGUGUUUUGUUAAUUAUUUCUAGACUUUCACUUCAACGUACCUCAACAGCAACAAAAGAAUACGCUUCACCUGAGCGAAUCAAAACAGUCGACUCGCUACUUAUAAGCCCACACGGAAUGAUUUACAAAGUACUUUCCUUAUAUUAUCUGCAUCUUUUUCCUCCACUAGCUGCUGUUUCUCUUCUGGGAUAACUUUGAAAAUCGUUGCUUUUUAGCUUGAGGCUUCAAGUUGUUGUUGUGUUCAUUCACGAAAAAGAAAACUGGUAGCCAGUGGCAGGACCUGGCAGUGUUUUUCCCGCCUUCUGUCACGCCACUUUCCAACAUGCUUUGAUAACGUGCUGUAAUGUAUCACGACUGGGAUACAUUUAAGGUGGCUCCUUAAUUAAUACGGGCGCUUUUAGCUGUGACGAAGUUUUCGUCAUAACUUUUUCGUUUUUAACCCGAUGGCUGAGAAACUUUGCGAAGAACAGCAGAUAUCAUCCGGCAAUAGUACGAAAUAUUUCGAUUUCAUUGAUGUUAAAUAUAUUUUGCUAAAUUAGGGCUUAAGAGGACGCUUCUGUUCAAAGAAAAUCGCGUCUAGUAAAAAAAUUUGCUGAUAUUUUUUACUGAAAUUUCCGGUAUCGGCUUUAAUUGACAUAAUAAAUAUGCCAGAGCAAUUUCAGAAAAAUCGUUGGAGCAGAAGUUCGUAACUAAAAGUCGCUCAAAAUUCAGCUGUGAAAUUAUUUUGGAAUUUCAAAAAUAAGUUACUAUCAGGUAGAAGGAGCCACCAGUUUGAAUUUUCGGGACAAGUAAAUUCAAUGUUUGCCAAAAAUGAACACAAAAGCUGAUUGCCUAUCGUGUUAUUCUUUUCGAGUGUUUUUAACCAAUCAGAACGCGCGAACUAUCGUUGUUAUUUUAUAAUUGGCAAUUAUCUUUCCUGCAGAUCUGAAUAUGCUGAAUGGACAGAUGUGUAUGGUAUUCCAGUAGCCGGAUGGAGCGCUGAAGGCAUUCACAACCUCAACUUGGAAGGGUGAGGCGUGCUAGUUACCCUGUGGCCCGCGCUGCAGACGAAACUAAACUCUGUUUAAGUCUGUCUGUGAAACAGGGCCGAAAUCCUUCUUCUGGCCACCCACCUGUGUACUGGGAUUUGCGUACGCACCAUAAUUAACCUGUUCAAAAUUAAAUCGUCGGUUUGCCCAUCAAGGUGAAGGAAAUUCGAAACGCUCUUUCGGUAAUUCGUUGAUUCCGUUGGGGCCCAGAACAAGGAUAUCGGCGAUGCUUCUCAGACGUUACUAACCGGGGACUUGAAUUACGCCUGCGACACAGGCUAGUUACCCUGCAGUAAAUUAUUUUUCUGUAAAAGCUCAACAGUGACAAAAUGUUAGAUAAAAAUCAAGUACAGUGUACUUGUAUUUACCUGGGAGAAACUCUGUUAGAGUGGAAUCCACGGAAUGCUGUCUUUUCCUUCACGACUUGACAAUAAGUCACGACAAGGAAAUGAACGUAUCUUUCUCUCUUGGCGAAACUUUCCUGUGGCAAUCUAAUUGCUGUUAAACAAAGAUUAGAGUAUUGCAAUACUUCUCAUACCCUAUGCCCUUUUGUUCAAAAUAAAGGUUCAGGUUAAUGUAUGUACUCUUUUAUAUACAUGCAUGUAUACGUGCGCCAUACCUUUUAAAAGGGGUAGAAAAUACGGACUUCAAAGAUGUUAAAAUGCUACAUCACUGGGUCUCUAUUUGGCUCAUUAUGUAUGCAAUUCUCUUCCCUUGAAAAGGAUGUACUAUCCAGAUUUUCUCCAAACUUGGCGCAAUUGAAACCCAUAUACAUGUGUAUAGGACACUGUAAUAAAGAGAUGGGGUCACCAUGCUUGUUUUCGCCCUCCGUGCCUGUAAUUACCAUACUAAUGGUAUCUUGAUCCCAUGAUCCCAUACUAAUGGUAUGGGGUUUAAGGUCUGGGUCAAAGGUGUGUUCGAAGCAUAUGAAUGAUUGGCAAUAUCUCUCCCUAGAAGACCUAGAACAAAACUAAUUUUUCCCUUAAAGUAAAUCUUGAGGUUUUCUUGUGCCUUCACGUUUAAUUUUUGUCACCUGACAUGACACGUGACCAAAAAGUGAAAAUGAAGGAAAUUGGCGAAUUCAUUGUGGCGAAUUUACAGUUGUUUGGAUAAACAAGUUGGCAUUUCUGAAAGAGGAUAAACAUACCAAACUAUUAUGUUUGAAAUGAAUGUACGCGAAGUUUAAUAUCAUGUUUUAAAUAAUUCAAGAUUAAAUUAACCCUCUAAAUUUUUUAUUGAAGUGCAAUGGACGGUCAUUCCAAGCAUGAAGUGUUAGAGAUAUUUAAUAAGAAUCAGAAAAAUGCUAUCGCUCGAUUUCUAUUUUUUAAACCGGUCACCAUUUGGUCUAAAAUUUUUUGGCAUAUGGUCACAUGACAGAUCACGUGACAUUACAAAUUACUUGAAAUAUUGCCAAACUCAAGCAUUAAUGACAAUAAGUGCUUUAUUUACCCGCGACAGCCUUUAAAGCGCAAAGUAUAGUGGGGCCGAGCAAUGCCUGAAAUAAUAUCAACCAAACAUAACGGGGUUGAUAGCCCCAACUGACCGGAGGCAAUUCACGCAGGUUUGUGGAGGAUCUGAAGUCGGGAUUACCGUAAACAAUUCCAGCCAGCGAUCAGGGCAAGACUUGGACUCGGGGCCUCCUUUGGGCAAACCACUCGGCCACGCUAUCUAAUGUUCAAUUUUUUGCUAGUUCCUGGAGUGGCUUGUUGUGUUGUGCUGUAAUAUUUAACUUUUUUGUGAUCGCUAAACAUUUGAUAGACACAAAAUAUUAUACUAUUGUUUUAUACAGGUCAGGUACUUUGCUAGGAAUGUAUAACCUGGACAACAGGAUUGGAAAUACAGGCACGUUGGGCAGAUAUUUUUGGAGAAUAGAAAACCAGGAAAAAGACAGUGACAUAAAAAAGUGCAUCGAUUGGAUUACUUUUCAAGACGACGUGAAGUUUAGGUCUUGGUAUGCUCAGCAGUUUCGAUCUCGACGUUUUAACCGGCGUCUGGCAUGUCCGUGCACUAUAUGGCAGGCACUUCUGGACAGGGGACGAUUCUUUCGGGACUUUUCAUACUCUUCUUCAAACUUUUGUUUUAGAUCCAGAAGUUCUAGGUUCUUUUUUCAU